UAAACUUCUGACUUCAACUGUAACUUCCGAAGUGUGGAGUAGUAUUGCCUAUUUUCAUUUUACAGUUGACAGAUAACCUUCAGAAUGAUAUCCUAACCUCCUGUCUCUGUCUACAGUUGUUCGGGACUUUGCUGUGCUGGAGGACCACUGCCUGGCCCAUAACCUCCAGGAGCAGGAAAGUAAGUAUACCACCACACCUGAGGAUGACCUGGAGUCCGCUUUACUCUCCCAUCCCUAAUGGUUUCAGGUGGUCUUGGCUGUUCCCAAAGCAUCGCUCCCAGGUCAAAAGACGACAAACCUUACGUUGAAUUAUUUUGGAAAAGGCUGAGUACUUUGGGCUGGGAUCUGUUCCAAUGAAUUUAGGUCUUUAUUUUCCUUUCAAUCUGGAUGCAGACAGUCAGCUUCAUGCCCAGUAAACCCCCUCCAUCGAAGUCUCAUUAUCUAGAUUAACACUAACUAUUUUAGGCAAGCUGCUCCUCCAGUCUAGAAGAAGCACAUUGAGCUUCCUUUGCAGCAUAUGGCUAUUUAAUAUCAAGUAUUCCAAGCACCUAUUUAGCUAUCUUUACGGGAAUACAGACUAUUCAAAUGUUCCACACACACCAAUGCUCUCGUUUUCUCCCCUGAAUAUCGGUCAUGUCUGACACCCUAAAUCUCAACGUCAGUGGUAGCAGGCAGUAAAGCAGCUGUAAAACACAGCUGCUAGGCUGCAGCCACAACAAUGGCACACUCGUUCUGUGGUGGGUGUUAGCGGGCUGGGCAUUUGCCCACUGUGUCUGGAUCAUGUUAUUAAUGCCCGUCUGCAGUAGGACAACAAACCAGUCCUGUCUGGUCUCUCUCUGUCAGACUGGUCAAGUCUGGGUGGAUGUUAGGCCAGCACAAUCAGUUUAGCAGGGAUUGGUGAUGUCAUCAGGGAAAUGUUAGAGAUUCUAUGAUUUUCCUUGAGAAACCUGUGUGUAUGUCUGUGGUGUUUGUAUCCCUGCAUGAAUUAUUGUCUGAGUGUUUGAGUUAGGGCUGGGCGAUAUGGCCUAAAAAUCAUAUAGUGAUUCUUUUAUUUAUUUUUUCAAACGUACAAUAUAUAUAUUGCGUAUCAACAAAAAUAUAAUAAUACAUGUUUUCUUUAAACCAUAAGACCCACAAUUGUUUUGUCAAAAUAGUUUUAACCUGCUUUAUUUCUUGCAAUAAUCCCUGAUCUGGCUUUCAAGUCUGUCAAUGAAAAUGCCCUUUUUAGUUACAAACUUAACUAGAUCCAUGCAUAAUCACUAAUAAUGACUAACUUCUUGUAGCAGGCAUUAGGCUAUAGAAAAUUAACACAGGUCUCAUCAACAAUCUCUCAAGCCCAUGUGCUAGUGAUUAGCCAGCUAAUCUUUAUAUUUCAAGUUUAGCCAACUUGGAUAUAUUUACUAGCUAACAGAGUUGAACAGUUGAAUUGUUAUGAAAACACCAUUCUGCUUUUCUUCAAUUGUUUGAAAAGCAUGUUAGCCUGUCCACUUUGUUCAGAUGUUGAAAUCAAGUGGCCUACCUUAUUUCUCAGAAUGAGAAUGAGUUGCCAAUUCCGUAUAUAAUUGUGUUAUGAUAAUUAUGCUUAUUGCACAUUUAUAAAACACAGACUAGACAGCUAGUAUAAGUCUUUGGCUAAAAUGCCGCUAGUGGUACGCUAAUGCCUUGCAUGACUCACUGAGCAUUAAUUUGCCAGAAUCAAUGUAAAUUGAUACUCGUUUUAGUAGUGUCUGCUCUGUGCGCAAUUUGAGUAGUUGAGACCUAAAAAGGGUAUCGUUAGAAAAGUUAACUCCUCUAUUACAGUAAAAUAAUGUCUCAAUGUGUGUUGGUGUCCAUAUGAACGAUUAUGUUGGACCAAACCUCAAAUGCAAAUAGCAAGUUGAAACCGCUUGUCAGAGAGGAAGAUGUGAUCGCUCAACCUUGUUGGCGUGAGAGGCAGGGGGAGGGCUUGGUUGUGUGUAAAUCAUAGAGGAAGUGGUAAAGCAAGAGUGAAGCUAAAGUCUGUCCAAAAUAAGGCCAAGGUGUUUCUAUGGGCUUAUUUUGGACCUAAGCUUGUCGCUUGCCUUCCCGCCUUUGGGACAACGACUCCCAUUGUUAGGGCAGAGACAUGCAUCUCAUCAUUAUAUACAGAUCUCUGGUGUAAAUGGGAAGGUGCACAGAGACACGAAGGAGGCCAGACCAAAAAUACAACAUGAGAACAAGCGGACAUAAACUCUCAUAAAAACGAAAAAUAACAGAACGUUGGGACAGACAUUUGGAAUAUUGCGCAAAAACAUACACUACCGUUCAAAAGUUUGGGGUCACUUAGAAAUGUCCUUUUCAAUUUUUUGGUCCAUUUUUAAAAUAACAUCAAAUUGAUCAGAAAUACAGUGUGGACAUUGUUAAUGUUGUAAAUGGCUAUUGUAGCUGGAAACGGCUGAUUUUUAAUGGAAUAUCUACAUAGGCGUACAGAGGCCCAUUAUCAGCAACCAUCAGUCCUGUGUUCCAAUGGCACGUUGUGUUUGCUAAUCCAAGUUUAUCAUUUUAAAAGGCUAAUUGAUCAUUAGAAAACCCUUUUGCAAUUAUGUUAGCACAGCUGAAAACUGUUGUGCUGAUUAAAGAAGCAAUAAAACUGGCCUUCUUGAGACUAGUUGAGUAUCUGGAGCAUCAGCAAUUGUGGGUUCGAUUACAGGCUCGAAAUGGCCAGAAACAAAGAACUUUCUUCUGAAACUCGUCAGUCUAUUCUUAUUCUGAGAAAUGAAGGCUAUUCCAAGCUAGACACAAAUGUAUUUGUCCUCUUGCUCAGUUUUGCACCGGGGCCUCCCACUCCUCUUUCUAUUCUGGUUAGAGCCAGUUUGUGCUGUUCUGUGAAGGGAGUAGUACACAGCGUUGUACGAGAUCUUCAGUUUCCUGGCAAUUUCUCGCAUGGAAUAGGCUUCAUUUCUCAGAACAAGAAUAGACUGACGAGUUUCAGAAGAAAGUUCUUUGUUUCUGGCCAUUUUGAGUCUGUAAUCGAACCCACAAUUGCUGAUGCUCCAGAUACUCAACUAGUCUCAAGAAGGCCAGUUUUAUUGCUUCUUUAAUCAGCACAACAGUUUUCAGCUGUGCUAACAUAAUUGCAAAAGGGUUUUCUAAUGAUCAAUUAGCCUUUUAAAAUGAUAAACUUGGAUUAGCAAACACAACGUGCCAUUAGAACACAGGACUGAUGGUUGCUGAUAAUGGGUCUCUGUACGCCUACAGUGGGGGAAAAAAGUAUUUAGUCAGACACCAAUUGUGCAAGUUCUCCCACUUAAAAAGAUGAGAGGCCUGUAAUUUUCAUCAUAGGUACACGUCAACUAUGACCGACAAAAUGAGAAAACAAAUUCUAGAAAAUCACAUUGUAGGAUUUUUACUGAAUUUAUUUGCAAAUUAUGGUGGAAAAUAAGUAUUUGGUCAAUAACAAAAGUUUCUCAAUACUUUGUGUUAUACCCUUUGUUGGCAAUGACACAGGUCAAACGUUUUCUGUAAGUCUUCACAAGGUUUUCACACACUGUUGCUGGUAUUUUGGCCCAUUCCUCCAUGCAGAUCUCCUCUAGAGCAGUGAUGUUUUGGGGCUGUCGCUGGGCAACACGGACUUUCAACUCCCUCCAAAGAUUUUCUAUGGGGUUGAGAUCUGGAGACUGGCUAGGCCACUCCAGGACCUUGAAAUGCUUCUUACGAAGCCACUCCUUCGUUGCCCGGGCGGUGUGUUUGGGAUCAUUGUCAUGCUGAAAGACCCAGCCACGUUUCAUCUUCAAUGCCCUUGCUGAUGGAAGGAGGUUUUCACUCAAAAUCUCACGAUACAUGGCCCCAUUCAUUCUUUCCUUUACACGGAUCAGUCGUCCUGGUCCCUUUGCAGAAAAACAGCCCCAAAGCAUGAUGUUUCCACCCCCAUGCUUCACAGUAGGUAUGGUGUUCUUUGGAUGCAACUCAGCAUUCUUUGUCCUCCAAACACGACGAGUUGAGUUUUUACCAAAAAGUUAUAUUUUGGUUUCAUCUGACCAUAUGACAUUCUCCCAAUCCUCUUCUGGAUCAUCCAAAUGCAUUCUAGCAAACUUCAGACAGGCCUGGACAUGUACUGGCUUAAGCAGGGGGACACGUCUGGCACUGCAGGAUUUGAGUCCCUGGCGGCAUAGUGUGUUACUGAUGGUAGGCUUUGUUACUUUGGUCCCAGCUCUCUGCAGGUCAUUCACUAGGUCCCCCCGUGUGGUUCUGGGAUUUUUGCUCACCGUUCUUGUGAUCAUUUUGACCCCACGGGGUGAGAUCUUGCGUGGAGCCCCAGAUCGAGGGAGAUUAUCAGUGGUCUUGUAUGUCUUCCAUUUCCUAAUAAUUGCUCCCACAGUUGAUUUCUUCAAACCAAGCUGCUUACCUAUUGCAGAUUCAGUCUUCCCAGCCUGGUGCAGGUCUACAAUUUUGUUUCUGGUGUCCUUUGACAGCUCUUUGGUCUUGGCCAUAGUGGAGUUUGGAGUGUGACUGUUUGAGGUUGUGGACAGGUGUCUUUUAUACUGAUAACAAGAUCAAACAGGUGCCAUUAAUACAGGUAACGAGUGGAGGACAGAGGAGCCUCUUAAAGAAGAAGUUACAUGUCUGUGAGAGCCAGAAAUCUUUGCUUGUUUGUACGUGACCAAAUACUUAUUUUCCACCAUAAUUUGCAAAUAAAUUCAUUAAAAAUCCUACAAUGUGAUUUUCUGGAUUUUUUAAAAUCAUUUUGUCUGUCAUAGUUGACGUGUAGCUAUGAUGAAAAUUACAGGCCUCUCUCAUCUUUUUAAGUGGGAGAACUUGCACAAUUGGUGGCUGACUAAAUACUUUUUUUCCCCCACUGUAUAUAGAUAUUCCAUUAAAAAUCAGCCGUUUCCAGCUACAAUAGUCAUUUACAACAUUAACAAUGUCUACACUGUAUUUUUAUGUUAUUUUAAUGGACAACAAAUGCUUUUCUUUCGAAAAAAAAGACAUUUCUAAGUGACCCCAAACUUUUGAACGGUAGUCUACAUUUUGAAUUAAUCAAAUGAAUUUGAUGUAUCGGCCAGCUUAGUUUGAGUAUUUUUAGAUGAAUGUCAUCUUUGCCAUGUAAUUUCUUUGUGUCCGCCUGUGUGUGUGUUGUUGCACUAUAAUUGGCUGCCUCCCAGUAUUCCUUAGCUGCUGAGGUCAAAAGGUCACUACCCAGAAUAGAUGAAAGCCCAUGCUUCUGAGGCCAGACAUAACAAGGCCUUCCUCUUAGUUGCACAAAUAAACAUUAUCCCCCAGAUGGCCAGAUAUUCUGGGGAGAUUUUAAGGUCUAACAAGUCAGCUACACUGUAUGCGUUGCCAUUGGCAUUGUGUCAGUGUACCGUUCUACCUGCUAAACCAGAAACCAACCGAAAUCAACCUUUUUUUCCAAUCAAUUUGACUUUUUUUUUUAAACUAUCUACAUAAUGGUAAUCAUUUAUUUGAAUGGUAAAUCUCUAUUGAUAAACUUGAUAAGUCAAGAUGUAGCCUAGACCUAUUCACAAUAUAGGUUAAUGCAUAUUCAGUAGGAGUGUGUGCAUGCAUUGAGUUAUUUAUACUAAACUAAAAUAUAAACGCAACAUGCAACAAUUUUUUACGAUUUUACUGAGUUACAGUUCAUAUAAGGAAAUCAGUCAGUUGAUAUCAAUUCUUUAGGCCCUAAUCUGUGGAUUUCACAUGACUGGGCAGGGGCACAGCCAUGGGUGGGCUUAGGAGGGCAUAGGCCCACCCACUGGGGAGCCAGGCCCAGCCAAUCUGAAUGAGUUUUUCCCCACAAAAGGGCUUUAUUACAGAUGGAAAUACUCCUCAGUUUCAUAAGCUGUUUGGGUGGCUGGUCUCAGACGAUCCCGCAGGUGAAGAAGCUGGAUGUGGAGGUCCUGGGCUGGCGUGGUUACAUGUGGUCUGCAGUAGUGAGGCUGGUUGGACGUACUGCCAAAUUCUCUAAAAUGACGUUGGAGGCUGCUUAUGGUAGAGAAAUGAAAAUGAAAUUCUCUGGCAACAGAUCUGGUGGAGAUUCCUGCAGUCAGCAUGCCAAUUGCACGCUCCCUCAAAACUUGAGACGUCUGUGGCAUUGUGUUCUGUGACAAAACUACACAUUUUAGAGUGGCCUUUCAUUGUCCCCAGCACGAGGUGCACGUGUGUAAUGAUCAUGCUGUUUAAUCAGCUUCUUGAUAUGCCACACCUGUCAGGUGGAUGGAUUAUCUUGGCAAAGGAGAAAUGCUCACUAACAGGGAUGUAAACAAAUUUGUGCACAAUUUGAGAGAAAUAAGCUUUUUGUGCGUAUGGACAAUUUCUGGGAUCUUUUAUUUGAGCUCAUGAAACAUGGGACCAAUACCUUACAUGUUGCGUUUUAUAUUUUUGUUCAGUAUAGCUUGUUUGGCUAAUUUCAUGGGGCUACAGAUGAAAAACUAUCUGUUCCCCUAGCAUUUGGGACUUACACUGAUCAACAACAUUUGCAUAGAAAAGGCAACCCCAUUGAAAUUGAAAUGAAAUAUGGUUAGGGUAGGGGUUAAGGUUAUGUUUUAGGGUAGGGACGUCCCAAGGAUUCCGUAUCCAUGCACCAUCAGUUUGGGUCCGGGUGGAUGAUCCCGGUGAGACAUUUUCUGUAGAACGACUGUGAAAAGGUCAGCUCUGAUAACUUUUUAAAGGACAUUCUUCCCUUAUUAUUAUUAUUAUUUUAUUUUGUUAAUUAUUUAUUUCUGGGUAAGUGUCUAAGAGCUGUGCAUACCUGGAUUGUACAAAAUCUGCACAUUAUUAUUUUUUAAAUUCUUCAGGCUCUGUCAAGUUUGUUGAUCAUUGCUAGGCAGCCAUUUUCAAGUCUUGCCAUAGAUUUUCAAGUCAAAACUGUAACUAGGCGACUCAGGAACAUUCAAUGUCAUCAUUGGCCUAAUGGUGAAAUGUCAGAUUCCAAUAUGUGCCCUUCUUUGCAAGGCAUUGGAAAACCUCCCUGGUCUUUGUAGUUGACAUUCACUGCUGGACUAAUCAAAUCAAAUCAAAUGGUAUUGGUCACAUGCGCCGAUAACAACAGGUGCAUACAGUACAGUGAAAAUGCUUACUUACAGCCCUAACCACCAGUGCUUUAUUUUAAACAAAAAACGUAAGAAUAAAGACAAACAACAACAAAUUGUUGAUAAAAAAAGAGCAGAAGUAAAAUAAGUGACAUUAGGGAUGCUUAUAUACAGUAAAUAAAGUGACAGUAGGGAUCUAUAUAUACGAGGGGUACGUUGCAGAGUCAAUGUGCGGGCACCGGCUAGUGAGGUAGUUGGGUGGGACCUAAGGACCUUACAGAUAAUUGUAUGUGUGGGCUACAGAGAUGAGGUAGUCAUUCAAAAAUCAUGUUAAACACUUGCAGGGGGCCUCUCGAAACUGCGCUGUGCCACUGCUUUAUUCUUGACUAGGGGAGGGGUGAGACUUGACUAGAGCAGGGCCACCGCUAAAUUAAUGCAGUGGAAACACUUCCACCACAUUAGACUAUAAACUAGGGCCUUGUUAUGCCUCAAUGAUUUCCCUUUAUUGUCCAGCAUCACUGUCUCAUGCAUUCUGUGGCAUUGACCAAUGCCAUCUGGCCCUCUUGGAUGCCAGCCACAGAGAACUGGAAGAAUUAGUCUAUACAGAGACUUCUGAGGCCACGCCAAGGUUGAGUAAACACAAAACCUUUAUCCUGAGUUCUUAGAAAUACAAGACGACAGACAAUAGUAAUUUGUUUUCCCCCGGAAAAAAAAUCUAGCGUUGAACGUAACAAUAUAUUUUGUUCUCUGAUGUCGUAUGUUUGCCCUCAAUUUUGUGUGGCACCGAAAACCCACUACACAAUCGAUCACCGUCGUCCUAAAAUCGAUAUGUCAGCCUAUUGGUUUCCUUCAUAUCACUCUGAUUUACUGCUUCCCCUCGUUGUCGUCUCGCAAUCUCAGAGUAGGAACUUUAUGGAGCCUCUCUAGUAAAUUGUGGUGUAAUUUGGUCCUUUUCACUUGGAACCUACCAGUGGAUCAAUAACCAGUCCAGUGGAGCUGAAUGAGUAGCAAGGGAUUGAGUGAUGCUCCUCCACCUAUUUUGGUCCGGGAGUGCGUCAGCACCGAGGAUUUAGAACCUUCCCUGUCCAGGUCUGUUUCAUCACAUGGAGCCAGCCUUGGAAUGGCAGCUCGUCAUUGAGUUUAUCACGUGGGCUAGUUUGUCAUAACCAAGCUCAAUGAGUCAGGCCCUGUAACGAAGCAUCUGUGUUUUCUUUCCUCCUACAUUAAACAUGCUACUCCUCUUGUAAAAAUGUCCAAACUAUGCCAAAUAAACACACUCUCGGCUCAAGUACUUGCGUCCGUGACCUGCGGUUUAAAAGACACCAAAACAAAUAAACUGGGGGUUGUCAAUGGUGUUGUCCAUUUCGUUCCUCAGCGUUGUGUAUGAAAAAUGCAUGCACUCACUAACUGUAAGUCGCUCUGGAUAAGAGCGUCUGCUAAAUGACUAAAAUGUAAAUGUUGUGGUUUGGCCAGAUGACCUGUGAGAGCGUGAAGAAGAGAUUCAUGCCUUGGUUGUGUACUGAUUCUGAGUGCUGUGUUUGUUGCCGUGUUUGUCCCCGCAGUUGAGAGCCACUUGGCGUCCAACAUCCACAAGAGCCGUCUGGUGCAGCAGGACGUAGCGUUGGCCAAGCAGCUGCAGGAAGAGGAGGACCGGAGGGCCAAGGCCAAGGCCUACAGACAGCACCGAGACAUGUGAGUGAGAUAAUAUUAUACACAUCAUUCCACCACACAUUACUAUGACCAUGGCACCACAGCAGACAUUUGGUCGGAUGUGGGAGAAUAAACAGACACUCACUGUAACGGGAAUUUCCAGGUGAACCAAAAAGGAGAGCGGUCGUUGAUAUUAUCAAUCAAAGAUAAACCCCGUUUAAUACAAGAAUUUAAGGAGACGCCUUCAGAACAGAAGCAUAGAAAAUGUCUCACUGGCCUCUUGGAGACAUCCCCUUUAUAGUCUAAUCAUACAGUACCAAAUGUUCUCUAAACAUCAGCCUGAGAGGCUUGUACGAAGUCAAAACAAUGGACGGUGACUUUGCCAGCUGCUACAGAAUCACAGUGUUCAUAAUGUCAUCAAUGCUAUAAUAAUCAGUGUGUCCUUGUGCCUUCAUUAACUCUGUCAAUCACUAUCAAAUGAUAUGAGAACAACCCAUAACAUUCCGUAUCAAGUGUAGUGACCAUCAACCCCUUCACAAAUCAGUGUCACAAAGAGAACACUGGAAAUCAUGUGUGUUGCAGAAAGGGAAAACAAAUAAAUAUGCUAAGCAUUGUGUGAAUUACUCUUAACUGAAUAUGAACUUUAUUCAUCUUAAAUAUUCCCAGUACACACACACACACACAUUCAGUAUGCUACUUUAGGCUCUAGAGAUAGCACAGGGUACCUCAUGGAGACUCACAAUCUAACUCACACCUUAACCUUAAAGUCAGAGACAGCAUAACUGGUGUGUUAAAAUUGUGAGUCUCCCUGACGUACCCUGUGCUAUCUCUAGAGCAGGACUGCCCAACCCUGUACCCGGAGAGCUACCGUCCUGUAGGUAACCCGAUUCAUCUUAUCAACCUGCUAAUUAUUAUAAUCAGGUGUGCUAGAUUAGGGUUGGAGCGAAAACCAACUGCUGGGGUUGGAGUGAAAACCUACAGGAGGGUGGCUCUCCAGGAACAGGUUUGGGCAACCCUGCUCUAGUGUCUAAGGUACAUUAAGUCACACACAUACUGUUUUUUACAUUAUGGUUGGGUGGUUUACCGUAUUUUACUAUAUACCGGUAUUGAUGCAUGCCCCGGUUUGGAUUUUUACUUUACCUUCUAUAAUGGUAUUUGUUAAAUGUGAUAGGCUGUGUGUAAUGUCCAUUUUUUAUAAUUGAUCUGCUACUUGAGUCAUAUCUCUCUCUCCAUGCCGCUUUCCACACAGACCUAGCCCCGCCCCCUGUCACUCGAGGGCAUUUGUUGUUGCUCGACUACAAGGCACUUGAGUUCAGUCUGCAUGGUCAAUGGAGCACAUGUAAUAAUGUUGAUGACAACGAUGCAGUUUCCACUUUGCUUCUUAAUAUAAAUCCAGAAGUGUUCUAUAAGAACACUAUUAGUUUGUGAUUCUUACAUCUGCAAACAGCUAGUUUGUCUUUUCUUAGCAAGUUGUCACUGAACCGUGUUAGCCGCUAAUCGCUAGUUAGCUGGCUAGCUAAUAAAUGUACCGAGUCAGAGCAAACAUAGCUAGCUAUACAGCCUGAUACCAGUGAUGGUGUAGGCCUAAAUCAGCAUGUUGUUUGUGCAUCAGGAAACACUGACCAACACUUUGGUUCCUACCUUGUCACAAUACAGUGCAUUCGGAAAGUAUUCAGACCCCUUGACUUUUUCCACAUUUUAUUACGUUACAGCCUUAUUCUAAAAUUGAUUAAAUUGUUUUUUUCCCCUCAACAAUCUACACACAAUACCCCAUAAUGACAAAGCAAAAACCGUUAAAAAAACUAAACAAAAAGUAAAUAUCACAUUUACAUAAGUAUUCAGACCCUUUACUCAGUACUUUUGUUGAAGAACCUUUUGGCAGCGAUUACAGCCUCGAGUCUUCUGGGUAUGACGCUACAAGCUUGGCACACCUGUAUUUGGGGAGUUUCUCCCAUUUCUUCUCUGCAGAUCCUCUCAAGCUCUGUCAGGUUGGAUGGGGAGCGUCGCUGCACAGCUAUUUUCAGGUCUCUUCAGAGCUGUUCGAUCGGGUUAAAGUCCGGGCUCUGGCUGGGCCACUCAAGGUCAUUCAGAGACUUGUCCCGAAGCCACUCCUGCGUUGUCUUGGCUGUGUGCUUAUGGUUGUUGUCCUGAUGGAUGUUGAACCUUCGCCCCAGUCUGAGGUUCUGAGCACUCUAGAACAGGUUUUACAUUUGUCAUUUAGCAGACGCUCUUAUCCAGAGCGACUUACAAAUUGGUGCAUUCACCUUAUGAUAGCCAGUGGGACAACCACAUUACUAUAUAUAUAUUUUUAAAAAAAUGGUAGGGGGAGGGUAGAAGGAUUACUUUUAUCCUAUCCCAGGUAUUCCUUAAAGAGGUGGGGUUUCAAGUGUCUCCGGAAGAUGGUGAGUGACUCCGCUGUCCUGGCGUCGUGAGGGAGCUUGUUCCACCAUUGGGGUGCCAGAGCAGCGAACAGUUUUGACUGGGCUGAGCGGGAACUGUGCUUCCGCAGAGGUAGGGGGGCCAGCAGGCCAGAGGUGGAUGAACGCAAUGCCCUCGUUUGGGUGUAGGGACUGAUCAGAGCCUGAAGGUAAGGAGGUGCCGUUCCCCUCACAGCUCCGUAGGCAAGCACCAUGGUCUUGUAGCAGAUGCAGGCUUCAAUUGGAAGCCAGUGGAGUGUGCGGAGGAGCGGGGUGAUGUGUGAGAACUUGGGAAGGUUGAACACCAGACGGGCUGCAGCGUUCUGGAUGAGUUGUAGGGGUUUAAUGGCACAGGCAGGGAGCCCAGCCAACAGCGAGUUGCAGUAAUCUAGACGGGAGAUGACAAGUGCCUGGAUUAGGACCUGUGCCGCUUCAUGUGUAAGGUAGGGUCGUACUCUGUGAAUGUUGUAGAGCAUGAACCUACAGGAUCGGGUCACCGCUUUGAUGUUAGCGGAGAACGACAGGGUGUUGUCCAGGGUCACGCCAAGGUUCUUUGCACUCUGGGAGGAGGACACAACGGAGUUGUCAACCGUGAUGGCGAGAUCAUGGAGCGGGCAAUCCUUCCCCGGGAGGAAGAGCAGCUCCGUCUUGCCGAGGUUCAGCUUGAGGUGUUGAUCAUUCAUCCACACUGAUAUGUCUGCCAGAGAUGCGAUUCGCCACCUGGUUAUCAGAAGGGGGAAAGGAGAAGAUUAAUUGUGUGUUGUCUGCGUAGCAAUGAUAGGAGAGACCAUGUGAGGAUAUGACAGAGCCAAGGGACUUGGUGUCAUCAAGGAUCUCUCUCUACUUUGUCUCCCAGUCCCUGCUGCUGAAACACAUCCCCACAGCAUGAUACUGCCACAGCCAUGCUUUACCGUUAGGGAUGGUGUUGGCCAGAUGAUGAGCGGAGCCUGGUUUCCUCCAGAUGUGACGCUUUGUAUUCAGGCGAAAGAGUUCAAUCUUGGUUUCAUCAGACCAGCGAAUCUUGUUUCUCAUGGUCUGAGAGUCCUUUUGGUGCCUUUUGGCAAACUCCAAGCGGGCUGUCGUGCCUUUUACUGAGCAGUGGCUUCCGUCUGGCCACUCUACCAUGAAGGCCUGAUUGGGGGAGUGCUGCAGAGAUGGUUGUCCUUCUGGAAGGUUCUCCCAUCUCCACAGAGGAACUCUGGAGCUCUGUCAGAGUGACCAUCGGGUCCUUGGUCACCUCCCUGACCAAGGCCUUUCUACCCCGAUUGCUCAGUUUGGCCGGGCGGCAAGCUCUAAGAAGAGUCUUGGUGGUUCCAAACUUCUUCCAUUUAAGAAUGAUGGCGGCCACUGUGUUAUUGGGGACCUUCAAUGCUGCAGACAUUUUUUGGUACCCUUCCCCAGAUCUGUGCCUCGACACAAUCCUGUCUCGGAGCUCUACGGACAAUUCCUUCGACCUCAUGGCUUGGUUUUUGCUUUGACAUGCACUGUCAACUGUGGGUCCUUAAAUAGACAGGUGUGUGCCUUUCCAAAUCAUGCCAAUCAAUUGAAUGUACCACAGGUGGACUCCAAUCAAGUUGAAUAAACAUCUCAAGGAUGAUCAAUGGAAACAGGAUGCACCUGAUCUCAAUUUCGAGUCUCAUAGCAAAGGGUCUGAAUACUUAUGUAAAUAUGAUAUUUCUGUUUAUUUUUUAUACAUUUGCAAAAAAAAAAACUGUUUUCGUUUUGUCAUUAUGGGGUAUUGUGUGUAAAUUGAGGAAAAAUAUAUAUUUCAUCCAUUUUAGAAUAAGGCUGUAACGUAACAAAGUGGAAAAAGAGAGGGGGGGUCUGAAUACUUUCUGAAUGCACUGUAACUCCUCCCUGGAAUUUUCAUUCGUUGUCAUGUCAAACAACGCAGUAUUCAUAGUUCCCACUAAUAUAUUCUAACUAAAGAAUUAUAAUAAUCAUUCUAUUUCCAUGAUUCCAACAGUUUCCCCAAGUGAUCUAAAUCGCAAGUCAAAUUGCAAUUGCCACAUUAGCAAUGAGCCCUUCCUGGUUAAAUAAAGGUUAAAUAAAAAAUAAAAAAUUAGGUAAAGAAUAAGGCCUAGAUUGUUUGCACAUAUCUUGCAGCCCUACAGGGCAGUGCGAAAAUGAUCUGAAAUGAGUGCAGAAAUUGAUGAAAAUGCUGAAAAAUUAUUUUGGGUUGAAGUUUAAUUGAACAGUAUAAAACAAUCAGAAUGGAGAGAGACCCAUUGAAAUCACUUAGAAGGUAUGUGUUGCCACCCUAAGGUCACGCACUACUCAUAAAGCACAUUUUAAAAAUUAUAUUAUUCAAAAACAUAAACAUUUGAAAAAUACAGUGAUCUAUUUUGUUCAUAUCGCCAAGCCCUAUUAUACUCUACCGCUCACGUUUUCUCUCUCUCUCUACCGCUCUCGUUCUCUCUACCGUUCUCUCUCUCUACCGCUCUCUCUCUCUCUCUACCUCUCUAUCUCUCUACCGCUCUCGUUCUCUCUCUCUCUACCGCUCUCGUUCUCUCUCUCUACCGCUCUCGUUCUCUCUCUCUCCACCGCUCUCGUUCUCUCUCUACCUCUAUCAUUCUCUCUACCGCUCGCUCUCUCUACCACUCUCGUUCUCUCUACCGCUCUCGUUCUCUCUACCGCUCUCGUUCUCUCUACCGCUCUCGUUCUCUCUCUCUACCGCUCUCGUUCUCUCUCUCUCUACCGCUCUCGUUCUCUCUCUCUCUACCGCUCUCUACCGCUCUUGUGCUCUCUACCGCUCUCUCUCUCUACCGCUCUCUCUUACCUCUGAGUCAAGAAACGUGCCUAUCUUUCUCAAGUACGUUAUGUCACGAUUCCAAAGCUAUACAAUAUUACAGAUGGCAUGUUAAUUAUCUUUGAAAAGAUUGGUCAUGUUGUACUUCUUGUUGACGAAAUUCAUGCUAAUGUUGGGUUUUUGAGCUAGCGCCCAAAUUACUCCCAUUCACUCCUUGAAGGAGAGCUCUCCUUCGCCCAGAAUGUACCGCGUGGCCCAUUGACGUAGCAUGGGCAACGUACACAAUGGCCGUUAAUACGAUUCCAAUGGAGUUUCCCAACUCCGACCAAAACUCAAGGAACAUUAUAAUUGUUUUGAAAUAAUCUCUCCAGUUUUAUAUCUGAUGAGGUUGAAGCACUUCUGAAACCAUGUUAUGAUCUUAGUCAGAUAUCACUGUACUGCACAGCAAAUGGCUCAGCUUCAACAUUUUAGUCAUACCCGAGCCCUACCCGUACCCUAGUUAUUGAUGAAAAAACAGGCUAAUCAAACAACACACCCAGGUCACUGGAGCUGAGGCUAUAUUCGUGACAGAUCGGCAGCCAGAGACGACCCAUCUGACUAAUCUCUGAUCCGUUAUAGCCUUCCUGGCACCUCAGCCGCCCAUCCCUUUUAGAAUACACCAGAGCCAUCUUCGAGUAGGAGUGCAGGUCUAGGAUCAGGGUUCCCCCUGUCCAUAUAAUCAUAUUCACUAUGAUUUAAAAGACACCAUCCUUGAUCCCUCAAAUUCAAAGCUUGCUUCGAGCCCGUUUCCACUGUUUAUUUUCAUUAAUAACCUCUUUCAGGAUUCGAUUUUAAAGGUCGUUGCCAAUUCAUUAUCAAGUGGAACAGCAGUACGGCCGACCUCGUAGGGUAAGAUUGAAAUACCCCUAUCCUGGAUCAACACUCCUACCCUGAAUAUAAAGCAUAAAUAAAAGCUAAUCGGUCGUAAUUGAACUUCGGCCAGUCCACUGGCUUUAUUUCAAUCAUCAUCUCAGGACUGUUUAGUCGUCAUCUUACGUGGAAAGCAUAGGGGAGACACACUACCCUGAGAAAGCAUUAAAACUUUAUUACACUGGCUAAAUCUGGGUCGUAUCAUGGGACGGACAACUGAACGGUGAUCUACUCGUCCAAUAGGAAAUGUAUGUUUUUGUUUUCCUUUGCAAAAAAGUUUUGCAACGGUGUACCCUAAUGAAUACGCCCCCUGCAACACAGACAGGUUCUAGCUGCGUUCUCUAGCGGGGCCAUUCAGACAUCUUCUAGCAUGGCAGGCUGACUAUCAUCAUUAUCAGUUCUGAAAUGUGUUGAGGCUUUCUAAGAUAUGAACGCCUACCUGGGCCAGAGAGAGAGAUGCUAUCGGUCAAAGCACUUGAUUAGUCAACGGUAGCACUUGUGUUCAGUGAUAGCCUUGUCAUUGCCAUCAGCGCUGUGAAACGGGGUUGUUUGGCUGGAAAUGCAGAGACCAUUGUAUCACAGCAUACUGUAUACUGUAUAUACUACCCAUGAGUUUGUGUAGAUGUUAGAGGGCGGCAGGUAGCCUAGCGGUUAGAGCGUUGGGCCAGUAACCGAAAGGUCGCUGGUUCGAAUCCCCGAGCCGUCAAGGAGAACAACAUUUACCCUAGUUGCUGUUGAUAAUGACGGGGAGUUGGAAUAUGCAAAAAAAAAAUACAUUUUAGGACAAAAUAUAUAAGCAUUAUUAUGGAAGGAGAAGCAGGAACACCGGUGCACAGGUCUUGUCUCAUCCAUUGGAUUGAACAUUGUUCUCAUAAAGCCACGUUCUGAGAUAUCUGAUUUGAGUUAAGCAGAACCUUGGGCAGGGUGCAGGUUUUGGGGCAGUUGAGUUUUUUGUUGUGUAUCCGCUUCUUCUAAUGGUGUUUUCUCAUCUUAUUUGUCUCACACACACACACACACACACACACACACACACACACACACACACACACACACACCUAGUGAGCGCAGUGACAAUGAGAUUGCCCAGGAGAUUCAGGUUGAACUGGUCCGACAGGCAAAGCAGCAGCGGAUGCAGGAGGAGAAGGAUGCGGUAAGUGACACUACACCCCUCCCCCUUCUCCCUCCUCAACCAAUCAACAUGGGCAUACCUCCUCUUCCCUCCAAUCACCAAAACUGUAGUAUCGAUGGGUCACCACGGAUGGGUCACCCGAUUGGCUUAUUGAACUCCACUAUUGGUGUUACAGCCUGUACUUGUUUAUUCUACUUUAGUGUUAGAAAGAAUGUCUAGCCCAAUGGUGACCUCAUGUCUGGUGACCUCAUUAUUGCCGUAUGUACUUUAUGGCUAUUGGCACUGGGUUCAAAUACUAUAUAGAACAGAAAUACAAACGCAACAUGUAAAGUGUUAGUUUCAUGAGCUGAAAUAAAAGAUCCCAGAAAAUGUCCAUGAGCACAAAAAGCCAAUUUCUCUCAAAUGUUGUGCACAAAUGUCUUCACAUUCCUGUUAGUGAGCAUUUCUCCUUUGACAUGCCACACCUGUCAGGUGGAUGGAUGAUCUUGUCAGUGUGGCAUAUCUAGAAGCUGAUUUUAAACAGCAUGAUCAUUACACAGGUGCACCUUGUGCUGGGGAAAAGUAAAGGCCACUCUAAAAUGUGCAGUUUUGUCACACAGCACAAUGCCACAGAUGUCUCAAGUUUUGAGGGAGCGUGCAAUUGGCAUGCUGACUGCAGGAAUGUCCACCAGAUCUGUUGCCAGAGAAUUGAGGGGGUGCGCGCAGGUUGCCGAUGAGUAUUUAUGUCUGUAAUAAAGCCCUAUGCACUCCCAGGCCCACCCAUGGCUGCGUCCUUGCCCAGUCAUGUGAAAUCCCUAAAUUAGGGCCUAAUGAAUUUAUUUCAAUUGACUGAUUUCCUUAUAUGAACUGUAACUCAGUAGAAUCUUUGAAAUUGUUGCAUGUUGUGUUUUGAUUUUUCUUCAGUGUAUUUGAAAUCAUUUCAAAUACUUAAAGCUGAAAUAUGUAACUUUUUGGGCGACCCGACCAAAUUCACAUAGAAAUAUGUGUUAUAGAUCUGUCAUUCUCAUUGAAAGCAAGUCUAAGAAGCGGUAGAUCUGUUCUAAGUGCGCUGUUUGUAUGCUUCCUGAUAAGUUUUUAUUUUUUGCGUCUUACUUUCGGUUGUGUAAACCAGCUGAAAAUACAAUGUUUUUGGUUAUUGAAAAUAUAUUUCACAUUGGUUUAGAUGGUACAAUCAUUCUCUAGACGAUAAAUUGCUUGUUUUGUCACAUAAACAGAAAUUAGGCCAACUAUUCGAAUUUUAGCAACCAGGAAGUGGUGAAGUGAUUUCUGGGAUAUUGCACCUUUUUUAAUCUGUGCUUGAGUCUACUUGGUUCCAUGGAACCAAUAGAAUAAUCCCAAAACUUCAAACCCUCCAUAAUUGGCACUAGCCCAGGCAGGCUAAAGCAAAUGCUGAAAGUAUUUGUAAGAUUACAAAUUGUAUUUGAAUCCAGGACUGAUUGGCACUGGGCAGGGCCAUACUGCUGAUUCCACCUACUCCUUUAAGUUCCUUAUUCACAGGGAAAAAAAGCCAAAUAUAGGGUAAAGAUAACAAGUGGUGGUGUCAGCAGUUUGGAGGGGUUUGUUUAUUUGUGUGUGUGUGUGUCUCCAUGCACGUUUCCAGGCCAUCGCUCGUAAACUGCAGGAGAAGGAGAUGAAGGGGGAGAGGAAGCGACAGAAGCAGCUGGAGGCUAACUUUGAGGAGGAGUACUACGAGGAUAAAGGUACUAGAGCGCCCCCUGUCUGUGGAUAUAGGAUUAUAUUCCUGUUGGCGUGAGAGAUUAGGAUUAUAUUCCUGUUGGCGUGAGAGAUUAGGAUUAUAUUCCUGUUGGCGUGAGAGAUUAGGAUUAUAUUAUUCUGUUGAUUUACAUUACAUUUACGUCAUUUAGCAGACGCUCUUAUCCAGAGCGAUUUACAGAGCGAGUUAGUGAGUGCAUACAUUAUUUUAUUUUAUACUGGCCCCCUGUGGGAAUCGAACCCACAACCCUGGCGUUGCAAACGCCAUGCUCUACCAACUGAGCUACAUCCCCGCCUGCCAUUCCCUCCCAUACCCUGGACGACGCCGGGCCAAUUGUGUGGCUACGACAGAGCCUGGAUACGAACCAGGAUCUCUAGUGGCACAGCUAGCACUGCGAUGCAGUGCCUUAGACCACUGCGCCACUCGGGAGGCCAGGGGUAUGGGAUUAUAUGGAGGGAGGGGUAUGGGAUUAUAUUAUUCUGUUGAUGGAGGGAGGGGUAUGUGCCACUCUGGGUAUCUAUAUAAGGGUGGAGUGGGUGGGUUAUCAAAUUGGAUUGGAUUGGAAAGAUCAUACAUCAUAUGUGAUACAGUAGUGUGUGUGUGUGUUCUUGGUCAGGGAUGGAGUGUUGUGUGGAGUAGUGUGCUAGAAUAGAGUUGAUUUAGGACGAGGGUUUAGGAGAGCUGUUUUAAGCACAUAGUUGACCUUGAGGUAGAGUUGUGUGUGUGUGUGUGUGUGUGUGUGUAGGUACUGAGGAGUCAUUUGUCAUCUUGCUACCUUCUUCUCUCUCACACACACACACACAUACCGCGGUUCUGCUCCUUAGUGAGCUGAGACUGUGCUUUUGCAGGGCUGUGAGAGCAGCUUCGACUCAACUGCAGCAAUCAGGGCUCCAUUUUAAACUGAUAUAAGCUCGCCUAAUGUCAGAACUUCAAGGAGCCUUUUGGCAGUUCAUGUUUCUUCCAUUGUGGGUUCCAGUCUCCCCAUCCCCUGCAUGUUAUUUUAAUGUCUCAUUGGAAAGCGUAGGUGGGCAAAAAAUUACUAAUUGCAGAACAAGCUCUGGUGUCCUCUGGUACAUUCUAGUACCUUGAUUCCACCCGAAAUACACAGCGAAAUUAUUUGAAUACUUUACCAGAUUGGUAAAAUGAGUUGUGGUAUUGAGUAGAAUGACUUUCAGAAAAUGACUGAAAAUGUAUGAAUUCAGUGUGUCAUUAGUUGUUUUGGAUAUCGCCUAGGCCUAUAUGAUCAGGACUGUCUAAGGAAGAUAACCUUUUUGAACAUUAAAGGGAUACUUCUUGAUUUUGAUAAUGAGUCAGAUGAACUCGUGGAUACCAUUUUUAUGUGUCCGUGUACAGUAUGAAGGAAAUUGGAGGUAGUUUAAUGAGCCAAUGCUAACUAGCGUUACCCAUAGACUUCCAGUCAUCUGCUAGCAUGCAGGCUGUGGUUACAGUAUGUAGGUUAGUUGUGGAUGGCACGCGUGCACACACACAGGUUUCCUCCUCCGUCUCUGUGCGUUUGGUAUGAGCAGGGCUGAAGGGACGGUCACUGCUGUCAGGAAUGUUCUGCCGUCAUGUCGUCUUUCCACACAAGUCUCUUCUUUCCUAGUGAAAGGCCUCUUCCUUUAGCUGCGUACCCAACCCAGGGCCGUAGCCUCAAAGCUUCUCAGAGUAGGAGGGCCUGAUCUUGGAUCAGUUUUGCCUUUUUAGAGCACAAUUAAUAAGAUUACAUGGACACUGGGGACCUGAUCCUAGAUCAGCGCUCCUACUCUGAGAUGCUUUAUGAGUAUGGGUCCAGAGCUAAAGCCCCUUAUACAGUACCACCUCACCCUGCUCUCUCAUUUCAUACUGUCUAGCUGGGUUGGCUUUAGAAGCCAGUGUUCUCUUUGUAUUACACAAACAUUCUCCCAUGGUGUGUGGGUGUGUGUGUGUGUGUGUGUGUGUGUGUUAGAGCUGGGACGAUAAACCGCACAAUUCUCGACACCAACCACUUUUCAUGGACGCUUUGCUGAUAUCGUUCAUUACAAUAAAACGUUUGAAAUUAAAUAUGUUUUCUAAUAUGGGUGAUUUGUUGAUGGGACAAUUCAGAACUACAACAUUUAAUGUAGUAGUUUUAAGGGUAAUAAAAAAAAAUAACUGUGGUGCACAUUAAUGUUAGAAAUGUAUUGUUCAAUUGAUCGUUAUCGUGAUAAUUCAGUCAUUUUGUCGCAAUAUGGAUUUUUUUUCUCCAUCAACCACCUCUAGUGUGUGCAGGCCCCUCCACACACGCUCUGCCACGUCUUAUCUCGGGCGAGUCAUUUCUUCAGGCCGUGUUAUUGGCCACCCUUCUCAGGAAGUGACGGGCGCUGCCUGGCUGCCAUGUUUGUCUUAGUCCUCUCAAUCAGAGAGAAACGGAGGUUGGUUUAGCGUUCAGCCUCUGCAGAUAAACCACUGGAAAGAGGGGCGGGGGGGUGAGGUGUGAAGAGAGGAAGGAAAGACAUUUGUCUACGUUUUUUUAUUGAGAGAGAAAAGCAGCCCAGAGUAUCAUUUCCACACUUAACUACUCAGUCAGCUUAUAAGACUUUGACAGUUGACUAUGAUGGCAAAGUAGUUGGCUAGCUACCAUAAUACAGAGACCAGCCCAACAUACUAUGUUGAGGGUGCAGAGCAUUUUAAAUGAUUAUGUAAUUAACAAGACAUUAGGACUACGUGAUUUCUACCUCGCCUUUAUUUAAAGAGUAAAAAACAGAGUUGUUUCUGUUGAUCAGAUGAACCUCCCAACUACUGCUGGAUGACUGACAUUCCAUUCGGCUGACGACAGACACACACACACACACACACUUUCACACACACAGACACACACUUUCACACACACACUUUCACACACACACACACACACACACACACACACACACACUUUCACACACACACACACACACGCUUCACACAUUGUUUGUUUUCACUCAAAUGCAGGCCUGUGAUUCGUCAGUGCAUAUUAGGAAGGUUAACUGUGGUUGUAAAAGUUAAUUUACAUUUGAGUCAUUUAGGAGACGCUCUUAUCCAGAGCGACUUACAGUUAGUGCAUUCAUCUUAAGAUAGCUAGGGGGGACAACCACAUAUCACAGGCAUAGAAAGUAUGUUUUUAUCAGAAAGGUUUAUACAAACGAAGCAAUUUAUUGAGGGCGAUCAUUGUAGGAUAUUUAAUUAACAGGCUUCGACCGUGAAUCGACCCACCCUUUAGGUAAAACAAUCGCAAUGCAACUGCCAACUGUGCUACUUCCCAUAACGGAUGAUCGUCUCACAGCCACGUUUAUGACGUUUCAGUGACCCAACACAGGAAAUUUUGAUCCUUCGAUCCCACAACACACACUUCAGACUGGUUUACUAAUACCACACAACAUAGCCACAGGCAUAGAUCCAACACCACAUCCCAAACCAACCACAAGACCACCAUCCGCGGGACAGCGCUCAAAUCUCACCCCCAAAAUUCCACACAACGACUCUGUAUGCCCUUUCCUUUAAAUGUUGACAGUGGAGACAAUGGCUUGACGCUGUUGUUUAAAAUGAGAGCUGUGUCCAUGUUCUAAAAAGGUUGGAACUCUGAUAAGCACCUCAUACAUCCUAUUUCCUUUAGGAGACCACACUACAAUAUACAUUUGGCAUUACUUAUCAUGAGAUUCAGGUACGAAUUCAUAUAGGAUAGGUAUCCCCCUCGGGUGGAUCAGUAAUACCAGAGCCGAUUAACAUCAACCUCUGGUCCCCACAUGACGAACAACUCUGCAUGAUCCAAUGUUCUGCACUUCAAAAGGAGAUUUUUAUACUUUAUGAGUUUUAGGACAUGGGAAUCUCCAGCCUUCAAGCUUGUUUUACUAAGUGCCCUAAUGUUUUAGUCUCAGGAUUCUAUUUCUGUCAAUAGCUAGCACAUGUAAUUUGGGCCAGUAGCCAACUAGGUGCAAAAAUAUUUCGUGUCCAUGAGCAAGUCACUUAAUCCCAAUUGCUCUGGAUAAGAAUGUCAGCUAAAUGACUAGAAUGUAUAUGUAUUGCGAUUUGAUUUUGCAAACAUAUUGCUCACGACCAUAUGUCUGCUGCAGAGAGACCAGAGAGCAUGAGAAAAUUAAUUUAGAUCAGUCAUGGAAAGUUCUGAAAACAUGUUGGCUCACUAUUUAAAAAGAAGAUGGAGAAAAAGUAAUAGGAUGAAAAAUACCAGAGUUUUGGCGCAGGUACAGCCGACUAGCGCUAGCUAACGUUAACCUAUUAAAAAAAAGUCUAAUAAUAAAUGACUUUUAUUGCGCUAUGUAACUGUAUCGAUUAUUUCCCCCCAUCACUACUCAGUUUGCUGAAACUGUAUAUCCAUGGUUCAGCAUUUAACAUUGUCCAUGAUAAACCCUCACUGUCCUCACAUGCAGGUGCUGUCACUUAUAACCCUGUGUACUCACUAACCAACCCAGCUUUACUGACAUCUCUGUUAUUGUCUUGUUCCAUCCAUCCAUGUCUUCCUUCCAUCUCUUCAUAUCCACCCACCCUCCCUCCCCUCAACCCAGCCAUCCGAGCCCCUCUGGACCUGGAUGACAAACCCAGGCAGCCUGGUUCUAACUCCCACUCUUCAGAGAGAGACUCUGCGGAGCCUAGCACCAGCUCUCUUUCCAGAUACCCCGAGCACCAUUUAGAGAGUAGGGGAGAGGGUAGCAGGGGCAAGCAUGGAGACACACACCCUGAGCACCACCACUCCAAUAGCAGGGGGAAACAUGGGGACAGGUACCCCGACUACCACCACCCCGAUGAGGGUAGAAGCAGAGGGAAGGAGGGCCGGAGGAGCAGAGACCCUCAGGGGUCCCAGUCUACUUUCUUUGCGGACAGCCAUGAGCCCAGGAGACACAGAGAGGAUAGAGGGGAGGAGGGGGAACGGGUGGUGAGGAGGAAGGAGAGGCCUGCCCGGCCACCACCGCCAUCCCACAACCCUGUGAAGAGAGACGAGGCUUGGGAUAGAGAGAGAGACCGGGAGUGGGAGAGAGACAUACAGAGAGAACCCAGGAAAAGUGAGAGAGACGCACCGAGACAGGAAAGACACGGGGAGCGAUCGCUAGACCGAGAGCAUAGCCGAGACAAACCCAAACACAAAGAAAAAGACAGAGAGAGAACCAAGAUCAGGGAGCGAGGUCUGGAUGAAGACCAGGACGAAUCCAUCCCCAGUAGCCGCAGCCAGGCCUGGAACGGUGGUGGGGAGGAGGCCCCUGGCAGUGGGGAUGAUGAGGGGGGGCCCAGGGCCCGCCUGACGCUCCCCUCUGGCCCCAUUGAGCUGUGUGAGGAGGAUGUGAGGAGGAGCCCCAGGAUGGGGAGAGAGAAAGGGGAGAGGAGGGGGCACAGGGACCCUGGGGAGGGCCCCAGCACAGGCAAGGAGCACUCCCAUACUCGCCCCGCUCCCAGGAACCCAGGUACGGCCUGGCGUCGGGCCUGUGGCCGACCGUGUGUGUGGGGCCUUGAUUGUCCCAUUGCUGGGAGCUGCUGGUGGUGGGUUUUCGCUCCCUAACUCUAAUCAUUCAUCAACAAUAAUCUUCAUCAUCUUGAUGUAGCAGCUUUUACUCCUUCCCAGAUCCCAUGAUCAUUAUGGUGUAAUUCCACUGUAAUUCACAAUAAAAAUCUCUGAUUAAUAAUAAAAGGCCCUGGUGCCAAAGGCCUCCGUUGUGAAACAGUUGAAUCAGCUGCUGGUGUGUAAUUGUGUGUGGGGUUGAUUUCUCAGUCUGGGGAGCUGUGGUGAUUAUAAUAGAGUUCGUACAUCAGGGAACACAUGACAGAACAUGCCCAGAUAGAAAUGUACUGCGUAGAACAGACAUGAUUUUAGUAUUGAUCAGCUCCUGUACAUUUCUUUCUGCAACCUUCUUACCGUUGCACUCCAAUUCUAUUCCUCAAGGGCUUCUGUCGCUGUGCAGUUUUAUCCCUGUCUAGCCUACUCACCACAACUGAUCCAGUACUGGCAUGGAUUUGCCAUCGAUUUGUGCACACUUACCUUAACUCUGACCAUAAAUCAGCCCUGGAGGAAUCAGAGUUGGGGAUACAGUAGUUAUCUCAUCCACUGUAGUCCGGUGUUUCCUGGUCUUGGGGACCCAAAGGGCUUCACUUUUUAGUUUUUAUCCCUUGCUCGCACACACCUGAUUUCAAGUUAAAGGCUUGAUGAUGAGUUGAUUAGUUGAGUCAGAUGUGUAGUGCAAGGGCAAAAAGAAAAAAAGGGCACUCCUUUGGGUCCCCAGGGAAACACUGCUCUAGUCUACAUACAGCUGGAUUGACUCUGUUGUAUGUGGCGGCCCCUGCAGGUCGUAUUGUGCAAGGAGGACCAGGGGGUCGUGGAGCAGUGGUAGUGGCAGGGGAGUACGGGCUGGGCGAGGCCACCCAGGGCAUCACUAAGCUGGACCUGCGGGACCAGGAGCUGCUGGACAUGGAGGUGGCCCGGAAACUACAGGAGGAGGAGGUGAAGGUGAGAGAACUGGUCAAUGACAGAAUGACAUCUUAUAACACAGUUAUUAGGACAAUAUAACACUCUUAUUACAACAUCAUAAAACCCUUGGGACAACAUGGUAGCUAAAACGCUGUCCCAUCGUUCAGUUAACAUACCCCCGGAGUCCCCUAUGUCAAGACACAUUUAGUUACAGCAGCAUUGUAGAUAUGUUCUGUAUUUGAAUGGUUUCAUGUUAUAUCUUAGGGGUUCUUUGAUAUCAAUUUAACUUAAAGAAUUCAACAACACACCCCAAAAAAUUAUCAAGAAAGAAAUAUUCAACAACAGACUUUAGAUAUCCUGACCAGUGUCGACGUUGGAAGCUAUAUUCAGUAGACCUCAGCUUUAUAUUGUGCAGCUUCAGAUGUCUGUGAAAGGCUCGUCUCAACAGUCACUUCCUAUGUUAUGUCAUGACAGAGCCCAGGGAACAGAACGUUCUGUGCUGAGGGGAAAUAUGACUCAAUUGGUUCUUAAUUGUUUUCCGGUUCCAGGCAAGCAAGAUGGACAAGCGUUCGGCCCAAGUGGCUCAGGAUGAGGUGAGUGGACGGCCGGCCGCUUCUCUGUCUGGAGCAGUCGUCACUGACCGACUCGCUUUCUCACGCUCGCUCUUUCAUUUUCUCUCACUGUCACUCAAGUCUCAACUUUUAACAAAUCAACAAAGCCAGGUAUUGAGUGUAUAAAUGGUUUACCUUUGUUAAAUAAUAAUUAUGCCUUUUGGUCAGUGUUAACCUGGGGUUUUCAAAUCUCACCACAUCGUGGUUAUAUCACCGAUCGGUGUAUGGCAGAAGCCAUAUGACGCAACAAUAUGUGCCUGAAAGGGGCAAUCUGGGAUUGGAAAAACAACAAACUGUCACCCCGCCACUUGUUUUGGGAAACAGCUGGAGAAAUGUAACCACUCUCAAAUUCAUUGGGACAAGGAGUGUCUGUGUUUGUACUAGAACUGUAUAGUAAACGUGGUAUUGGUGUUGUCAGGAGAUAGCCCGGCUGCUGAUGGAGCAGGAGAAGAUGGAGUACAAGAAGUCCAGAGAGAAGGAGAAGCAGAAGCAGGGGAUGAGGCCGGAAGAAAGGGGGAUGAGGCCGGAAGAAAGGGGGAUGAGGCCGGAAGAGAGGGGGAUGAGGCCGGAAGAGAGAAGGAGGCCAGAGGGAGGAGACUACAAGGUGACUCGUUUUUCUGGAAUGAGAUGACUGAUUAAUAACACUUAUUUCACCACUGCAUGUGCAGAAUUUUGAUCAAGUGUCAUCAAGAUGGUAUGUUGGUCCCUCCUAUGGAUUCAUUUGUGUUGAUAUGAUCUGUGUGUUUUACAUAGGAGUGCUGUAGUAAGAGCAGCACAGUUUCCAUUUUAGUCAUUCAGCAGACGCUCUCAUCCAAAGCAACCUACUGUUAGUGCAGGUUUAUUGGCACAGUUUGUUAUCAACUUGUUGAUAAGACCAGACCAAAGAUAGUGUCUGUGUGUGUUCCAGCCAAGCUCAGAGGAGGUAGUGCGUCCCAGACUACGAGAGGAGGAAUACCAGAAGCCCAGGAACCACCAAAAGCCUGCCAGGUAGUGGCCUCACUAUAUUAAUUAGCCUGCCAGGAACGGGCCUCGCUCUGUCAAUUAGCCUGCCAGGCACGGGCCUCGCUCUGUCAAUUAGCCUGCCAGGCACGGGCCUCGCUCUGUCAAUUAGCCUGCCAGGCACGGGCCUCGCUCUGUCAAUUAGCCUGCCAGGUACGGGCCUCGCUCCGUCAAUUAGCCUGCCAGGCACGGGCCUCGCUCUGUCAAUUAGCCUGCCAGGCACGGGCCUCGCUCUGUCAAUUAGCCUGCCAGGCACGGGCCUCGCUCUGUCAAUUAGCCUGCCAGGCACGGGCCUCGCUCUGUCAAUUAGCCUGCCAGGCACGGGCCUCGCUCUGUCAAUUAGCCUGCCAGGCACGGGCCUCGCUCUGGCAAUUAGCCUGCCAGGCACGGGCCUCGCUUUAUUAGCUACAUUACUAUUACAACAUUAAUAAACCCUUAUUACAACAUAACACUACUUAUUACAAGGGUUGGUGUCAAUUCCAUUUCAAUCCAAUCAAUUCAGGAAGUGCACAAAAAUUUGGAAUUGGAAUUUGGUUUAGGCCUACUUUCUGAAUUGAAGUGGAAUUUACCCCAACCCUGCUUAUUACAUUAUUACACCGUUAUUACAACAUUAAAUAACCCUUUAUUACUGGAAUACACCCUUGUUACUACAUUAAUACACUUAUUACAACAUGAAUAUAUCCUUAUUACAGUAAUAAACCCUUAUUACAUGAAUACACCUCGUAUUGCAACAUGAAUACACCUCGUAUUGCAACAUGAAUACACCCCUUGAUGCAACAUUAAAAUACCCUUUUUCCAACAUGAAUACACUUAUUACAAAAUGAAUAUGCCCUUGUUGCAACAUGAAUACACCCCUUGUUGCAACAAUAAUACGCUCUUACAAUAACAUUAUUACAAUGAUACUCUCUUACAACAUUAUUGCACCACUAUUACAACAAUGAUACACUCUAACAACAUUAUUGCACCACUAUUACAACAAUGAUACACUCUAACAACAUUAUUGCACCCCUAUUACAACAAUGAUGCGUUUCUUACAACAUUAUUACACCACUAUUACAACAAUGAUGCGUUCUACAACUUAUUUCACACUAUUACACACCUGAUGCGUUUACAACAAUACCCAUUAUGAUGCCUCUGAAAAUAUUAAGUCUCUCCCCCUAUCGUCUAUCGCUCUCUCCCCUCUCACAGGCCUUCUCAACCUCCUCCACAUGACUAUGAGAAUGUGGAGUCCAUCUACAGCUGCUCAGAGAGCCACUAUUCUUCCCGCACUCCGGCCAGACCUGAGGCUGCUUACAAAGGUACAUUCAGCUACUGGAUGCCCAGGCUCUUUUUGGGCCUUAACUCAGGCCUCAAUCUAAAACCCAAAGAAUGCAGAUUGAACACUUCUCAUACAGCUAACUUUCUAUCCAGCAUACCACGUGGUUGGCAUACACCAAAUUCAUUUCUUAGAGAGCUCCUACCAUAUUUCUUAGAGAGCUCCUACCAUUAUAGCCAGUGAUUAUGUUAUUAGGUUUUAAAGAUCAGCCUCUCUCCCCCGAUCUCUUCUAGGUGUCUACUACAGACAGUGA